GGAACGAACUUUCCCGCGUUUCGCCGCGCGCACGCAUCAGGCCAACGCUCAUCCCGCCGCAAGACGUCGUCGUCCCAACGCUGCCGGCGGCUGCGCGCGCUCUCAGAAGAGCGAUCAAAAGCUUGCCGCUGCGGCGUUCUCUUCUUCCCAGUUCUUUUUCCCGUUCAUUUUUCCUCGUCCCUCCUUCUCCGGUUCACCGACUGAAACAUGGCGGCCGCUGUGAUCAGUUCCGUCUGCUUCUUGGCGGUCUUGCUGCGUGGCACCAUCUGCGCCGGCCCGAACAGAACCGAGAGGGUCAGGAUGCCAGAACCCACCCCGUCCCCGACGUCAUGUCGCCUGCUCCCGUUCUCGGGUCACCGGUCCCAGGACGGCUCCCUCUACGCCCUCAGCGCCACCAAGAUCUGGACGCUGUCUCCCUCUCCGCCCGUCAGCAGCAGAGGUGGCGGCGGCGGCAGCAAAGGGGGCGCCGUCUGGCGGGACUCGCCGCUGCCCCAGAAGCUCAGCGGUGACGCCUGGCGGGUGGUGUGCGCCAGUGACCGUCACGUGGUUCUGUACGACGGUGCACACGCUUUCUUGCACACUCACCGCGCAUCGGCCUGGAGGAACGUCACGUUGGGUCAGGCGCGUGGUGGCACGCCAGCACCGGCCGCCAUCUGGUGCACUCCAGACGAAAUCCAAAUGCUCAACCUCAAGACCGGCUCCCUCACCAGGUUCCUCGGUGACGGACACAUCAACGUCACCGAGUCCACGAGGCUUCCGGUGCUGCCCGCCAGGAAGUCGCACACACACACCUGGUACCACCGGGACCAAGUGUACGUCAUCACGGACAAGUACCACAACGGCACUGCCCUCCUGAACAGUACCACCAUCCUCUGGAAGGCCUCAGGACUGACCGUCUACAAGAACUGGAAAGUCGCCUCCCAGUGGAGCCAAGGCAACCCUGAUUACCCGGACUCUCUAGCCAAAUCCUAUUCCUGGACUGGAGGCGAAGACCUCUGGCUGUGGAGGGAGCUCGGAGCCGACUGUGAGCUGUGGAGGUUCAACGUUACGGCGCAGUCCUGGACCACGCUGAAGAAAGAACACGUCUCGCCGGCACACGGCCGGCCCGUGCUCGCCUGGUCUCGAAAGAGCGACGACGCACCGUGCCUCGUGUUUGCCGACUCAGCGUGCGACUCAAUGCCCUACACGUACUGCCUGACGCGUACCGAACUCGCUGGCGGCCAAGCUACCACAACGCCCGCUGCCUCCCAAGCCAACACGACGUCCGCUGCUUCUCAAGUGGAGACGUCAACUGAAAUCUCGUCCGUGACGCCUCCCUACACCACUUCGAGCGGAAGGACAGACGCAGCGACGCCGCCCGUUGUAGUGACGUCACCAGCCGCCGUAACACUCGACGUCACGACGACAACGUCUGUGAAGCCAACGGCGGUGACCUUGAUGUCCGACACCACGUCGCCUUCCACGACGAUGACAACCGCUGGCUCCCUUACGACCAAGGCGAUUGCUGGUGCAGAUGCCACCUACUCCGUGGUUGAUUCCGACCAGUCCAAGUGGCACCAGCGGAAUUCGGGCAUCUUCGGAUCGAUCAUUUUCUUCGGUACGUCAAUCACCAUAUUCACCAUCGUCGGCGUCGUCUGGUGCAUCCGACACUGCGUGCAUUUCCCUAAAGAGGCGCUCUUGCUCAGGGACCCGCCUUCAGUGAGAUACACGGCCAUUCCGGAUACGAUCGCGUGAACGGCAAGGUUUGAAUGCCAGCCUCCGUUUAAGCCUAUUGGCAAGCUCUCUUGUCAGUAGCAGCCUUCGGUACAGGGGCUUUCCCCUGAAAAGAAAGAAACUGCCUGUGUCUCAACCUCGGCCAUCACAGACGAGGAACUGCGACGGAAGGAAGAAGCCAAACACCAGACGACGACUUCCGGUUUGACAAGAACAGCCGCCAUCAACGCGAGGCAAGAUUGCGACUUCGUGUAUGCACACAAUCUUUGCGCUCAUAACAGUGCGAAAAGAACACAGGCAAGCACUUGAAUGCCGCCCGUGGUUCGCAAAAGUGUGAGACGCACAUUUGUCUUCGGCCCUACUUCUAUGCUAUGUCUAUGUUAUUAUUUUAUCUUAUUUUCGUAGAUUCCCUUAUCGCCAGUAUUGGGCCACUCGCAGAAUAUUCAAAAGUUCAAAGCGAUACAUGGCCCUUUUUACGUGUACUUUAAACGUAGCACGAAAAUUAACAACCAGCCUCGAUCCCACGAAAUGAUUUGAAACAGGAAGUCGUCACUCACAGAGUACCUUCUUGUCAUAAGUUUUAAAACCACUCGUUGGGAGCUGGGUAAGGCAAUUUUUUUCGCCCUAUGUACUCGCAUUACCCUCAAUAUUGGAGCACGGGGUACCGUUUACGUCAUGUCCAUGUGAGCGUGCGUGAACGUUACAUAAUGUCCGGGCUAUAUUUUCAUGUCAUACUAAUUUCGGAGUUAUUCUGGUCUUGUGCCACACGUUUCUGUUUCACAUGUUUCCUAUCGAUGUGUUCACUUGCGACCGUAGCAGUAGUCUACGCAUAACAGAUUUGAUUGAUGACGUCAUAAAGGGAACGCAAGCGCAUGCCAUUGCAGUGGAAGAAAAGAAGCACUUCGCUUCCGGGUCGGUUUGCGAGCUUUCAAGAAAGAGAUAGAGGAAAGGGAUUUUUAUUUAAAAGCAGAGAUGUUUGCGGGUGCAAAAACAUUGGCGUACACGCUACUCUACAAAGGAGUGAUGAACCGAGCGUAUCUGUGUUUUUACAAGUGCAUUUCGCCAAGUCCUGGACGUGGCCCACCGGGUCUGAAAUGUUCACUACAGCUAAGGAUCAUCGAAGUUUGCCCAUCUAUUGGCAAUGACACGUGAAAGCUCACAAUCUUACAGAUAGAGCCCCUCCAUUGACAAAUUGCCAAAAUCAAAUCAACAACGUGGUGAUAAUGCACGAGAAACAAUCUGCAGCCAAUACUUUGCGCUUCCAGACCCAAACGGCACAGUUUCAGUCCCCAGGAUACUUUGAGAGUGAUGCUUUUACAUAUCAGUGUAUUCCAAGUGUACAGUGAGACAUUCAGGACUCGCCAAGACCUUCUUGACUUUCAUGUUGCCAUAUCGUGUGACGAAGAUCAUGGGGACACUUGCAAAUGCAGCGUGCGGGCCUUAAAGACCGCAAUGCACAGUAAAUUCCAUGAGACUAUCUUGCAACGGGUAUGCUAACACUGGGUACAUCGUGUACAUGUGAUUACAUGUUUUAUAACAUAUCGCACAAUCGAUACUGUUAACACAGAUGAUAAUUUACCAGUUAGUGCGGGAAGAAAUAUACGUCGUUUCGGAAUCCUUACGGGAUUCAUCCUCAACACCGGAGUACGAGCACCGAAUACUUAAUUCAGAGUUAACAAACAGUGAUCGCUGCUCCUUUAUUUGUUAGCAAGUCUGGGCCAGAUAGUAGUCGGCUGAACACUGGGCCACAUCAACGUUGGGAGUACAUUUACACCGUUUGUCAGCUUUAUCACGUUCCUCUCGGGAUAUGUACUCAAAGGCCAAAGGGAGUGCCGAUGACUCCUUCAUGCGAGAGCGAUCGGUUGUCUGAUAUUUAACUCCCUUUUUUACAGUUCUCGUAGCCCCCCCCCCCCCCCCCUGACGUAGUGCAUUCACAUUGAUUGGGCAAAGCCAGGGUAUGUGAACUCCUUUGGCAUGUAGAUAAUUCUCUCAAAAUGGAGUCAGUUACGAGACUCACACAUGAAGGAGUUGCCAGCACUCCACUGUUCUUGUAAGGUAAACAUUUAGCUCACUUUAACUCCCACACUCUAAGAAAAGUUUUCAGUCUUUGGUGCUUAUCUUGUCCUGCAACAAUAAUCAUCAUUAUCUUGCGUGCCUUUCCGUUCUUUAAUGCUGCGCGCAGGGCACCCGGUACUUCCAGGUUACUAACGGCAUGCGCGUUAUCAACGUGGCAUUGCAUUCUUGACAGGAAAGUACUGAGCGCAGAGAAAGAGAGAGAGAGAGAUAGCAAAGAGAGGAAAGGCAGGGAGGUCCACCAGACGAGCGUCCGGUUUGCUACCCUACACUGGGGAAAGGGGGUACAGAAAGAGGAAAGCGGGAUAGAGGCCACACUGUGUGCGCACGCAGCAAAGCGCCUGGAAAUCAUUCAAGCCCAAGCAAGUGCUCCACCGAUACGUUAGGCUGCCGUCAUUCUGCUGUCUGAAGCUAAUCUUGGUGAUUUCCCAUAGCUGGUGAUGCACGUUGAAGUCACCAGGGAAGACCAAGGAGCCGGUGGGCGUCAGCAGUACGUUGCAGUGCGUGGCACAGUAUAUUGUUAAGCUAAACCCUAGCCUUUUUUACUUCAGUGCGAAUAGAGUGAUGCGGGUGAGCCAUGAUGCUUACUCAAGAGUUGCAAGUAUUGAAUUGAGAGCAUCCGGCACUUGCAUUGCAUUUCGCGCUGACGGAGUGUGCAGGUUAUUCAUGAGUAUUCGAAGAGUAUUCACCAGAGGCCGGAGCAUCAUAACCACUUGCCGGUCUUCUUCGGGCAAUUUAUCAGGAACCCGCGCUGUGCACUCUACAGCCGUGCGCAGCUGUAUCACUUGACGUGGCUCCGGCUCCGGCUGUGGCAUCGGCUGUGCCACCGACUGUGGCAUCGGCUGUGGCAUCGGCUGCGGCUUCGGUUGUGACUUCCGCUGUUGUUCUGGCUUUGGCUGUUGCUUUAGUAGUGCGGACGACGUUGUAUGUUUCUCCGCCAUGACCUUGUCAGAUUUAGAUUGAAUUGCGCCAGGCCUAGGGGGCAGAGAAGGAGGCGUUGUCGGAUGAGACGUACUUUUCACCGAGGCAUCAGCGUUCUUGGAAGCACAGCUUACAAGAAGAAAAAAAUGCAGGCAAGGCACAUGACGAAUAUUGUUGUGGGACAAGAUAAGCCCCAAAGGGUGGAAACAUUUUUUAAAGUGCAUGUUUAACUCCCUUUUCUUGAGUUCUCGUACACUCUUGAAAAAGUUUGCACCCUUUGGGGCGCAUCUUGUCCCACAACAAUAAUCGUCAUCUUUAUUGCCCGCAUUUCCUUUCUUUAACGCUGCGACCCAAGUACUUCCACAUCACGAACGGCAUGCGCGUUAUCAGCGUGACAUAGCAUUCUCGACAGGAAAGUAGCGAGAGCAGCGUUUUCAAGAAAGGAAGCGCAAGCAAGGCAGAUGACGAUUAUUCUUGCAGGACAAAUAUACACUCCAAAGGGUGCAACUGUUUUAGGAGUGUAUCCCCCGACUAAUGAAGUGCGUUCACACUGUUCGGGCAAAAGCAGAGUGAAGAUACUCCUGAGCAGUGUACGAUAACUCUCGAAAUGAAGUUAGUUGUGGGACAAUCAGACCUUCUCACCUGAAGCUUGCCAGCAAUCCAAUGCAAGUAUUUUGCAAAGGAGUACGUCACCCACCUACACAAGCUCAAGGCGCCAGCAGAGGCAAGUUAAUCUGCGUUAGAAGAACACAAAUAGCUCCCGUGCCGACAGCCGGUCGGUGCAAAUCACUAUAUAACACCGGAGUUAAUUAGCAUUUCGCGCAACUCGAUUCCUUCGUAACCAUCCAGAGUAUUGCGCAAGCUACUGUCGGUUGCAUGACGUAUCGCCAACGAAAUAAAACAUAUGCUGGUACGAUAAUCAAACUUGGAGGUUUGUCGAUCUCCUUUGUUGCGUAUACGGUAGUUCCCGAUUUUUCUAUUAAAAUAUAUCCUAGUGUGUG